AUGGCGAAUGGUAAUGAGUGCAGUAUUAAAGUUAUAUGUCGUGUGCGUCCACUCAAUGAAUCAGAAGAAAGGGCAGGGAGCAAAUUUGUCCUGAAGUUUCCUACAGAUGAUUCAGUAACAGUUGGGGGAAAGUUAUUUGUAUUUGACAAGAUAAUAAAGCCAAAUGUCUCCCAGGAAUAUGUGUACGAAGUCACAGCUAAGCCUAUUGUUGCAG